AAACACCAAGGCCACUUAGUACAGUUCAACUUGACUCAGAGCAAGGAAGACCUGGUGAAUCAGCGCGUAGUAAAACACUAGACCAUGCCAAUUGAGGCUGGAGACUAGAGACAGUGCACCCUUGGUCCUGUCUUCCUUAAGGCUUCUCAGCUUCGGGCAUCACCAUUAAAACUGAGCUCAUCUUGGCUAGAACUAGACCCUAGUCCUCCUGUCCCUAGGUUCCCCGGGGACAUGCAGCAACCUUCUGUAGAGUGCAUUUCUUUACAGUUCCAGGGGUCACUGCUCCCAUAUUCUUAGAAAGCUAGAUACCCAGUUGUGAUGAUAGGAGUGGGACUUGGUGUAUUGUGUGCUUAAGCCUGUGCUUAGUGUGCGGGAGAAACUGAGGUCAACCCCCAGAGGGAGGAAAGAAGAGAGUUAAAAGCCAGCAGAUGACCUAAGGUUCUCUCCCACAUCCCAGCCAGGACACACACCUCCAUCUACUCCAAAGACACAGCCCCGCUUCCAACCAGCUUUGGGGUCAAGGCAUGGGCCCUGAACUGAUUGAUUUUCCUGCUGUUUGUCUUAUCCCUCUGUUCUCUAAAAACGACCCGAGAAAGCUAGGUGUGGUGGUGCACCCCUGUGACCUUGUCACUUGGGAAUAUGAUUAGAGAGUCUCCAGUUCAAGUACAGCAAGAACCUGACUCAAAAAAAUUAGAAGUCACAGUCAGGUGUGGAGGCUCAGGUCUUUAAUCCCAGUACCAGAGAGGCAGAGGCAGGUGGAUCUCUGAGUUCAAGGCCAGCCUGUUUUACAUAGUUUCAGGACAGUCAUGGACACAGAGAAAGAGAACUUGUCUUAGUGGGGGUAGGGCUGGGGGUGAAUUCCCAGCACAAACAUGGUGGCUCACAACCAUCUUAACUUAAGUUCCAGGGGAUCUGAUGCCCUCUUCUGACUUUUGAGAGCCCCAGGUAGGCAUGAGAUGCACACACAUAUAUGCAAAGUGAAACAUUCAUACACAGAAUUAAAAAAGAAAAGAAAAGGAAAGAAAAAGCUACAAAUAAGCUAGGCAUAGUGCCAUAGGCCUUUAAUCUCAGCACUUGGAGGCAGACAGACAUCUAUGGGUUUGAGGAUAUCCACAUAAGGAGUUCAAGGCCAACCGGAGAGACACAGUAGACCGUGUUUAAAAGGAAAUAAAACAUGAGUUACCCCUGAGGAAAAGCCUAACACUUGGCGAGCUUCCUAUCUACCUCUGUCCCUACAACAGGAGGAUCAUGGACCACACCACACUAUGCCAUGACCACCAUUUCUUCCCACGUUCCCCUCAGAUCAUGACAAACGGUGGAACCAUAAGAUGGGAUCAUACGGGUCAAGGUCAUGUGGGGUCCCUUGCUCUUGUGUUGAGGCACAAAGAAGUUUCUGCCCAGUGCUGAACUUUAUGCUGAUGCCAGUGCCCACAGAGAGAGACUGAGGGAGUGUGUCUGCCCGGAGCUCUCUCCCUUGGCCCAUACCUGGGUAAUUGUCCUGGACUUUGCUACCCAGGCAGUUCCCAAGUUAUGUUCUGUUGCAUCUGAGAACCAAGGAGAGCCCAAUGAAGGCUGCCAUGCCAGUGAUGGGACUGACGUGCCAGUGAAGAGCGGGAGGCUCUCAGUAUAGGCAUAGGAAGAGGCCUAGGGCAAGGAGGCGCAUCCUAUCCGGGUCUGUUCCCUGGGGAAGCCACAGCUUCCUGGUGGGGCUCUUCGGAAAUGGCCCUAGGGGCCCCCACGCUGCUGCUACUACUGCUGGGGUUAUUGUUGCUGCCGCUGCUGCCUGGACUCCCACCCCGCGUCACUGGCUGUCCCGCCGCCUGCCGCUGCUACAGUGCCACAGUGGAGUGUGGCGCCCUACGGUUGCGCGUGGUCCCACCGGGAAUCCCUCCGGGAACGCAGACACUGUUCCUGCAAGACAACAGCAUCGCGCACCUGGAGCAAGGCGCCCUGGCACCUCUCGCUGCCCUGCGCCACCUCUACCUGCACAACAAUACCCUGCGUGCGCUGGAGUCAGGCGCCUUCCGCGCACAGCCCCGCCUGCUUGAACUGGCGCUCACCGGCAACCGGCUUCGGGGAUUGCGUGGCGGCGCAUUUGUAGGCUUGGUCCAGCUUCGUGUGCUUUACCUGGCUGGAAACCAGCUGGCAAAGCUGCUGGAUUUCACUUUCUUGCACCUGCCGCGACUACAGGAACUUCAUCUUCAAGAAAACAGCAUUGAAUUACUGGAGGACCAGGCCCUGGCUGGGCUUUCCUCCUUAGCCCUACUGGACCUCAGCAGGAACCAACUGGGCACCAUCAGCAAGGAGGCCCUGCAGCCUCUGAGCAGCCUACAGGUGCUACGCCUCACAGAGAACCCAUGGCGUUGUGAUUGUGCCCUUCACUGGCUGGGCUCUUGGAUCAAAGAGGGGGGCCGACGGCUUCUGAGCUCCAGAGACAAGAAGAUCAUGUGUGCAGAGCCCCCACGCCUGGCACUACAGAGUCUGUUAGAAGUAUCUGGUGGUAGCCUCAUCUGCAUUCCCCCCGCUGUGAACGUGGAACCCCCGGAGCUUACAGCUAAUCUGGGGGAGGACCUGCAGGUCGCCUGUCAGGCAUCAGGCUACCCACAGCCCCUGGUGGUCUGGAGAAAGGUGCCCCAGCCUCGCGAUGGUAAGCCUCAAGCCCAGGCCCAGCUGGAAGGUGGGGUGCCAGGCCUAGGGGGGCACGGCACCCGUGACACUGGCAGCGGCAUGCUCUUCCUCACCAACAUCACACUGGCUCACGCAGGCAAGUAUGAAUGCGAGGCCACCAAUGCAGGUGGCAAAGCGCGAGUGCCCUUCCAUUUACUGGUCAACGCAUCUCGGCAGCAGUCACAGCUGCUACCUGCCCUGCAAGCCCCGGCAACACGCCCUGUGGGACAUGAACCCCAGCAUGAGGCAGGUAGCAUGGCCUUCCGAGCCCUGGGCCUAGCAACGCAGACAGCGAUCACAGCAGCCAUAGCGCUGCUGGCGCUCACAGCACUGUUGUUGGCUGCUAUGAUCUGCAGACGCCGACGCCGGCGGAAAAAGGUGCCUGUGCCGUCGGGGGAAGGCACCCUAUUUGUCAACGACUAUUCUGAUGGGCCUUGCACCUUCGCACAGCUCGAGGAACUCCGUGAUGACCAUGGACACGAGAUGUUCGUCAUUGACCGGUCCAAGCCCCUGUUCCCAGAGGUACCGCCUGAGGAGGCCCCGGAACACAAUCCUCCCGAGGGGCUCAAGUCUGGACUACGCCUCCCUACACGUGUGGCCUAUGAGAUCCAUUGCUGAGCUUGCGCGUAUUAAUGACGCAGGCACUGGGGAUUGGCUGGUGCUGGUGCGGCUCCGCGCAUGCUCAAAGUAAAAUUGAAGCCAGGCUUCUCCACUGAGUGUGUUGGGGCUGCCUGGUGGGGAGUAGGGGGUUGGACCAUGGAAAUAAGGUGUUUUCCUCCAGCUGCCAGAUCUGGUGAUCCACCUUGGCUCUGGACAGUAAGAAUAGUGCGAUAGCCUACUUAUAAACUAGGGGGCAGUAUAUUGGGUGACAGAUUGACAACUGGUCAC